AUGCGUAUCGCAAUCGCGUUGCUGCUGGUGUGCGCUGGCGCGUGCUCUCUGCCGGCCGAGCGGAGCCAGGGGACUGUGGACGACAAUUACCCGAAUAUAAAUUUCAAAAUUAUUGACAUUUUUCAUGAAGACUCGACUUCAGAGGAAACAAAUGAAUCCAAAAUGAAGAAUGAGAAGAUAGUAUUACCAGAAAAUUUAAUUAGAAGAAUUGUCAUCACAUCAUCUCCCGAGGCAAAAAACGACGAUCAAAUAUUUGAUGAUGUCGUGGAGUACGAGUUUGCUCUAUUACCAAGGAAA